AUGUUGGUGAUGAAAUCCACCACCUGUCCUUAUCCAGUAGACCUGAUCUUCCUCCUGGACAGCUCGGAGAGUUUCAGGACAAGCGGUUUCGAAGAUGCAAAAACCUUCAUCCAGUCCGUAGUCAACUAUUUCACACUUGGUGAAAACGAUACAAGGGUCGGUGUUGUCACGUACAGCAACGCCGACGCGCAGAUCACACGCGUGAAGCUGAAUGAAAACUACACCAGAGUUGAGCUCUUAACCGAGAUUCGUAACCUUCCUUACGACAGAGGUCACACCUUCACUGGACUUGGUCUUGAUCACGUGCGUAAUAACUCGUUUCUCGAAGUAAACGGCCGGCGAAAUAAUACUCCCGACGUCCUGAUCGUACUAACCGACGAUGAGUCCGAGGAUGACGUCAUCCUUCCGGCACAGCUGACACGCCAGAUGGGCAUCAAAGUGUUUGUUGUAGGAGUUGGCGAGAAAAGCGACGUUAGUCAAGCUACCCUAGAGACUAUUGCUGGUACUCCAGACAGGGUGUUCAGGCUGAGGGACCAUGAUUUCCUUGUGGAUGACGAGCAUCCCAACUUUAUAAGGGAGUCGAUUUUGAGUAAACCUUGUAAUCCACCUUGUCACGCCGACGCCACCUGCCGACUGCUGGUGGAAACCUACACGUGCAAAUGUAACGCAGGAUUCGUCGGGAACGGUUUCACCUGCACAGCAAGGCAAUGUCCGGCGUUGACGGCCCCAACUAACGGAGUGCUGAGUCCUCUAGGGCCGUACUCCUACCUAAACCAGGUUACAGUCAUCUGUAACUCGGGAUACGACCUGGACGGAGUCACUCCCAUAAGGUGCCAAGAUGACGGAACAUGGAGCAAUCCUGUUGGAACAUGCAGACUCAGAUGUUCCGAAUUGACGGCCCCAACUAACGGAGCGCGGAUACCCUCUACCGGAGCGAACUCCUACAGGAACACCAUCACGUACACCUGUAACACGGGAUACCAACUAAACGGAGCCUCUCCCUUGACGUGCCGAGCUGACGGAACAUGGAGCAACCCUGUUCCAACAUGCACACGCGGCCAGACGACUUCCAGACCAUGUCAAGCGUUGACGGCACCAACUAACGGAGCGCUGAGUCCUGCCGCACCGCACAGCUACCCUGUCACGGUUACGUUCGCCUGUAACACGGGAUACGUACGGAACGGCGUUCAAACUACAACGUGCCGAGCUGACGGAUCAUGGAACAACCCUACUCCAACAUGCACACCUGGACAAUGUCCGGAUUUGACGCCUCCAGCCAACGGAGCGCUGAGUCCUCCUAGACCAUACUCGUACCUAAACAUGGUCGUGUUCACCUGUGACACGGGAUACGUUCUGAACGGCGCCGCUGACACAUUGUGCCAAGCUGACGGAUCAUGGAGAGUUGUAGUAUCGGGUAUAAGUUAUAACACAUCGGUGAGCAUCACUCCAUCUCCUCUCGUUGCUGGUAUAUUGGGAGGAGCCAGAAGGCAGGUUGGAGUUGGUGAAUUUACCAUAGAUGCGGCCACGCUGUCAUCGGAUCCUGACGGCAUCAUAUCAAGGAGCGCGGACCUGGACUAUCGCUGGUCUUGUGAUCCUAUCCGUAAGUAA